UACCUGAAGACAAAGCCAUCAUGGGUCGAAAUUUGUUGAUGAGUAGUCUUGAGAAUGCCUCAUUUAACAUAGUAUUUCAAAUAUUGUUUAGAUGCGUAACAUUUGUGAUCAAUGCAUGGGUUAUAAGAAAUGUGGGCCAUGAAGUUCUUGGUAUUAUGAAUGUAAGAUUACUAUUAUUGGAAAGUACCAUAUUGUUUCUUAGUAGGGAACCAUUCAAUCGGGCCUGUCUUGGACAGAAAGAUGACUUCAGCUGGAGGCAGUUGAUCAACCAAAUCUGGCUGUCUGUUCCUGUAAGUUGUGUGUUGUCCAUUGUGUUUGUUUAUAUUUGGUUAAACUGGUUACCUCUGGGUCACCCAGAACAUGCAUUUCAGUACACAUUUGGUUGCUAUAGUGUGGCCUUAUCAUGUGUACUAGAAUUAUGCUCUGCUAGCUUAGCCCUAGUGGCUCAACACUUUUGUUUCAUCAAGUUUAAAGUUGCACUUGACACUUUGCAUAUAUUUAUAAGAACCAUGUUAUUUCUAUCCAUUGUGAUAUAUGAUAGGUCUCUUGCACUAAUAGCAUUCUCUGUGGCACAAGUGGGCAGCAUAGGGUCAAUUGUUCUCUUUUACUACAUAUUUUUUUAUUGGUAUAUUAAAAAUAAGCCACUUUAUGCAAAAGGUGCUCUAAAAAGUAAAAUUGUGCCCGAACCAAUUUUGCACAGAUUGUAUGAUAAUAUGGAUGACUUUCAAUUUACAUCUCUUAAAGACUUUUUACCAAAGUAUACAGGGUCAGUGAAUACAACAUUUAAUAAGAAAUUAGGCACACUGACCCUUAGCUUUGCUAAACAAGGUGUUGUGAAGCAACUUCUAACAGAAGGAGAGAAGUAUGUUAUGUCAGUUAGCCCAGUAAUGAGUUUUAGCGAACAAGCUACCUAUGAUGUUGUUAAUAACCUAGGGAGUCUAGCUGCUAGGUUUAUUUUUCGGCCCAUAGAAGAUAGCAGUUAUUUCUAUUUUACUCAAAUGGUAAGCAGAGAAUUGCCUCUGCAGAAACAAGAUCAAAAUAAGAUACAAGAAUCAUGUACAGUUCUGUCUCAAGUUUGCAAAACAGUUAGUUCUAUUGGUCUGAUAGUCCUAGUGUUUGGUCAAAGCUAUGCAAGGACCUUGCUCUUACUGUAUGGAGGAGAGUCAUUCAUUGCAAGUGGUUUGCCUGUACAAUUACUGCGAAGUCAUUGCUUAGCUAUAGUUUUGUUAGCCAUAAAUGGAGUCACAGAAUGUUAUGCAUUCGCCACUAUGACUAGCACACAGCUUAACAGUUAUAAUUAUUUAAUGGUCCUAUUUUCCAUAAGUUUCCUUCUACUGUCUUAUGUGUUAACAUAUUUAUUUGGACCAGUAGGUUUUAUAAUAUCUAAUUGUAUUAAUAUGUUUUCUAGGAUAAUGCAUAGUAUUCAUUUUAUAAAUAACAAAUAUAAAGGAACGGACUAUAAGCCUUUAGAAGGCCUUUAUGUCGGCAAAUUCUUCUUAUUGACUUUAUUUGUUAGUGGAGUUCUCUGUAAACUCUCCGAAAAUAAGAUAUCGCACGACUCGAUAUUACUGCAUAUAUUAAUAGGAGCAAUUUUGUUAUUUUGUGUCCUACUUGCAUGGGGAUAUGAAAAUAGAGACCUUGUUAUAAAAAUGUAUAAAAAAGUUAGGAAUAAAGAAGACAAAGUUUCUCUUGAUUAAUAUAAGAUACUGUUAUUGUUAGGUUUUUGUUAAUAUUCAAUACCAGUGUUAAGAGUAUAAAAAAUAAUAAUUAAAGACUAUUUACAUGA